CGAGUGACGAUCCCCUAACUCCUAAGUUCAAUUGCCCGCACAGACUAUACCAUUACAAUAACUGUGGAAUAUCGACGGUACGUCGGUACACAUUAACUUCCCGAGUGACUCAUGUUUAUGGUAUGAGUCAUGAAAAGACGAAGAAAAAUGUCGAUUCAUAUGACUUUUCGCAACUCCAGCAGAAACCUAGAUAAUUCAUUGCAAAAACAACAAAUCGUACGGUAGGCCCCACUAAACCAAACUAUGAACGAGAUGAGCAUUAUUCCUCUAUUAAACGUGUAGAAUUAUAGUAAAAUAUUUUGUAAACUAUUCACUAGUCCAUCAAUGGCGAAUUAUUUAUGAAGAAUAUAAUAAUUAUUAUAUAUGAUCAAAAUGCUACAAUUUCAUUCCAUUAAUACAGUUAACAAUGGAUAUACUGUAAGUACUUAUCCAAAAUAAUAUAUUAUUUAUCAGUGUUUUUUUUUAUUCUAGAUAUUUUCCCUUAAACAAUGUAUAUUUUAUGUCUGCAUUUAUCUUUAAUAAGGUUCAAGGAAGCAGCUGAUUUUUUUAUAUAAUAUACUGCUGUUUAAUAAAACGCAGCUUAGCUCUCAAGCGAUUUUUUGGAAUUUUAUUUUUAGUAUUACUUUUCAAAAAAUCUGAUCAAAUUCCUCUAGAAGUUCUGGCCACGAAACUUCAAAAUACCUACUCGAUUUUCAAAAUUCGUGUUUUAAGUUAAAAAUAUCAAAAAUUUAAAUUAGUAUUUUUAUGCUGAACAUUUUAGUGAAAUCAGAAUUUACCUAUUGUACUUUCUUUUUAUGUUAUUGUUAAUAAAAUACAUACAAUUUAAUUUAAUUAUUAUUGAAUUAUAAAGUUUUUUCAAACAUUUACAUAUUAAAGUAACAACUUUAUUAAAAAAACUCCGAUGGGAAGGAGGAUAGGUGGUUACAUUUUUAUGUUAUUACACACUGAAUGAAAAAAAUAUUUCCAAAAAGUAAUUUUUGAGUUACUUUAAUAUGUAAAUUUUUGAAAUAUUUUUGUAAUUAAGUUUUACGUAUUUUAUGUUAUUAACAAUAAUAUAAAAGCAAGUAUGAAAGGUAAAUUCUAAUUUCACCAAUGUGUUCAACAUAAAAAUACAAACAUUGACAAAAAUUUAAAUUUUUGGUAUUUUAAACAUAAAAACAUUAUUUUUGAAAAAUAAAGCAUUUGGAAGUUUUUUGAUUAUUACUUUAUUAGAUUUUUUUAAAAACCAUCAAAUUAAACAUGCAAAAACACACAUUUUGAACAAAAAAAAUUCCAAAAAAUUGCUCGGGAGCUAAACUGCAUUUGUUCAGUAACUCAAAUUGAUAAAAUAAUCUGCAUAUUACAUUAUAAUUUGUGAAUUUUAAUAAUUAUAUCAGUUUUAUUGAAAUUUAAUAAUUUUUUAUUUUAUUUUUUAGAAUUGUAUUGCUAAAGCCAUGUAUGAUAAUAUAGCUGAAGCACCAGAUGAAUUGGCUUUUAGAAAAGAUGAUAUAUUAACAGUAUUAGAACAAAAUACAGCUGGUCUUGAAGGGUGGUGGUUAUGUUCAUUACGAGGCCGUCAAGUAUACAAGUCUUCUAUACACAAUUUAGUUUAAAUAUAUUCUUCAAAUUAAUAAUUUAAGUAUAUUUUAGGGAAUUUGUCCUGGGAAUCGUUUAAGAUUAAUACCGGGUGUGUAUGGAGUGAAUGAAAACAAAACUAUAUCGAGUUGUGCUCAAGAUCAAAGUCACGAAAGUAAACAUCAAAGCUGGCAUGCAAAUCUGAAUAAAGUAAAUAAAUUAGAGAUGAACAGUAGCAGUAGUUUUAUAUUAUUUAAUUAUGAUGUUAUUAAUUUGUAUGACCCUCCUAAUUUUUCAUAAUAAAAGUUUCAUUUUUAUAUUACUUUAUUUCUUUAUUAUUUAUGAAUGAACAAUAACCCACAGAGAAACAAUAACUAACCAGUUUGGCAGUUUCAUAACUAAUGUAUAAAAUUAUUAAAUAGGUAACUUCACCACAGAAGUUAGAGGACCACACAUAUGACACACUUCAAAAAACAAUUGAUACCAAUGGCUAUAAUAUUCCACCUACAAAUCAUAGUAUGUCAAUUACUUAUGUCUUACUAAUAAUAUAAUAUAAAUUUGUUUAAUUGUCUGUAAAUUACUUAUCCAACAUUAGAUGGUGUAACUAGUGAUUAUAUAAAACGACUGCGUAGUAUUGGUAGCAGCAAUGGUUGCUCUAGUGACAGCUAUGAUCCUCUUCCAAACCAACAUCACCUAUCUUCAAAAGAAAGCUAUGAUGUACCUAGACCACUGAAUAUACAAGUAACUCCAAGCAGUUCAAUCAGUUCACUAUCAACAGGCGGUAUUUGUAGUAGUGGGAGCGGUAGUGAAUCUAAUCAUUCUAGUAUUGCACCUGAUUAUGAUAUUCCUAAAACCCGAAUGUUAACUUGCUUACCUUCAGAAUUUCAAAAUUUAUCUAUAAAUAGUCAAGUAUAAAUAAUAUAUAUAAUAUAUUAUAAAUAGAUAAAAUAUGUAUAUUUUUUUUGUUAGGUACUAAUUUUUUUAAUUUAAUUAAAAUAUAGGAUUAUGAUGUUCCAUCAAGCAGUUUACAGCCUAAAGAAUUACUUCUAGACUUAAAUGGUGCACUGGAGUGUUUAGAUGGCUUAACAUUAGAUGUUUCAUCUUUUACUACUCGGCUCUUAAAUUAUGCUGGACCCAACUGGAGAAAUCAUAAAAACUUGGAAACUAAUCUUCCGGAUAUAAAACUCACAUCUUUCCGACUUAAAAAUAGAUUACACCAAUUUAUUGAAUUUUCUAAAGGGUGUCUUGGAAAUGCUAUGAAUGCUCCUGAUAAAGGUAAGAUAUAUUUAUGUAUUUAAAUUGUAACCGGUAUUGAUAUUAGUUUGUAAAUAUAUAUUUCAUUAUUUUAGGUAUCUCAACUAAACUUCAACCUUUAGUAUCUGAUUUAGUAAAAACAGAUAACAUGAUUAGUUACACGACAAAUGCAUUGGAUCAACUUGGUUGGAAAUCUGAUAUUUUAAGUCGAGGUUUAAAUACUGAAUGUGAUUACUCUGAAGAUGUUUUAGAUAAAUUAAUUUCAUGUGCUAAAUCAUUAACUAAUGAAAUUCUCCAAAUAACAUCAUUUAUUAAGGUAAUAUUAAUAUUUCAUAGAAUCAUACAAUUAAUAUAUUCAUUUAACAAAGUAUUACAAUUGUAUUAAAAAGUAUUUACAUGUACAUAUAUACCACAAUCCAACACCCAAUAUUUGUAUUCUAACAAAACCAAGAUGUGAAUAUGUAUGCAUUUAUAUUAUAGGGAAAUUCUACACUUUUAUUUAAAAAAAAAAUUAUAUCUUCUGAAGUCAAAGAAGAUGAUGAUUAUGAAUGCAUAGAUAAUGAAGAUAGUGCAAAACUGAAUACAAGUACUACUUCUAGUGCUCCUGUGAAAAAUUAUAGUUCUGAAUUGACUACUAAAGAUAAAAAAGUAAGAUUCAAAGUUAAUAGUUAUUUAACUAUGUAAAUGUUUAUUAAAUAUUAUUAUUAUAAUCAUUUUAUUUAUUAUUGCCAUAACAGGCAUUAAUUUUAAAAAAAACAGUAACAUAAUUAUAGCAUUAAUAUUAAAUAUAACAGAUGUAUAAUAUUGUUAAAUAAUUCAUUGAAUGUGGAAAAGUGGCCAAGACUAAGCUGAAUUGAGGUUACGUAAAAUUCUGUGCAGGAAGCGGUUGAAGCCAUACAGUGAUAAAGUAAUUGAAAAAGGGAAUGAUUCCUAGUAGAGUAGGUAGGAACAUAAAAUGAGAUUGAAGAGAGCAAAUAAGGAGAAUCAAGAGAUGCCUCAAAUAGUAAAGUGAUGAAGUGAAGGUUAGCCUCAGUCCGGUGAGAGGUUAAAAUAGGGAUUCAAAGGGUGGAGGAAAUUAGUGAGUAGUCAUGGAUGGGAUGUUUGAUUUUUAAUUUGAAGGCAGCAUAUGAAAGAAAUCUGUUUUGUACUUACUUUAAUCUUAAUUUGUCACAUGCCAGGUAUGGGCACCAUACUACUACCCCAUAUUCUAAAAUGGAGCAAAUUAAGGAGAAAUAAGGAAUAUGGAGGUAGGAGCUAGAAGAGAAAUUGGUGGUAUUGUGUUGUUUUGUAUUGUACAAGCUGUAAAAAGUUUACAUUUUAUAAUAAUUAGCCUUUUCUAUUUAUUGUUUAUACUUAAAAUCUAUAUUAUAAUAAAUUUAAAUAAAUAAUUUAUUCAAUUCAACUAUUUAUUUUUUUUAAAUUUUAGAUAUUCAACUUCUACAGUCAUCAAAUUGUUAGCCAAUCAGAUUUUUUAAUAAAGCACAUUAACACGUUUUUACAAAUUGUUGAAGAAAACCAUCCACCACCAGUAUUUAUUGUGAAAAUCAAAUACAUUAUAUUAAUUGUGCAUCAAUUGAUUACAGUUAGUGAUACAAUUUGCCGAAAUGUACAAGAAUCAACUGUAAAAAACCAUAUAGAGCAGUGUUCAAAAGCUUUAUUUGUAGGUAUUUCAACAGUAGUACAAAAGUCAAAAAGAGCUGCAUAUUUGUUUCCUAGUGUAACUGCUGUACAGGAAAUGAUAGAUUCUGUUGUGGAAAUAUCACAUAUUGUGCGUGAUCUUAAAACAACUAUUUUGAAAAUCAAAUGAAUCUUUUAAGUGUUUUAUUUAAUUAGUAGCAGUAAGUGUUCUGUUUUGAGCUAAAAAUCAUAGGCAUAAUAGCAUAAUUAGGCCUAUGCUAAUUAGAUCAUCAAAAAUGAAAAUAAUGAAGUAUAUACUUAUGAAACAACAGAAUUAUAAUUCAAUAAAAUUAUAAAAUUGAUAUUGUUUACUAGUCAAUAAUAUAAACAAUAAUACAAUGAUUCAAAAAGUAUGUUUAAUAAUGAAAUAGAAUGACAAUACUAUAAAUGUAUGACAUAGAGUAAGAUUUUUUUUUUAUUGUGUACUUAAAGAUUUAUUAUUUUAAUAAUUAUUUAAAUUUGAAUAGCAAAUAUUAAAAUCUUCUUUAUAGUUAAAUCUUAUAAAAGUAUGAUAGUAGGAAGAAAAGUAAAAUAAAACCAAUUUCUAAACAUUGUUACGGUGUUAUAAAUCAGGGUGGUUCUAUCUUUUUUAGUUGGUGGGCUAUUUUAUAAAUUUAUAUAAAUACUAGGAAGUAUUUCCCAGUUUUUCUGUUUCAAACAGCCUGUAAUGGUUAAUCUGAUGAAUUGUCAAUACAGCUUCAUAAUUUCAAUUUGUAUUAAAUUCAUAGUAGAAAAUGCUGAUUCACAAAUUAAUGUGUUUCCAAAUAAUAAUACAGUUUUAUGAGAAGAAUUCCAUAAUUUUUGGGAAUUUUUCUUGCAAACAUAAUUUCUAUAACUCUUCAGGAGACAUAUUCACUUUUGAUUGAAAAAUAUAUAACUUCAUUUAGUAAAUGGGAGGUUUCAUCAAGGUGUCAACUGCCAUUAAGUUAGUAAAUAAUUCAAAUUUAGGUUUCAAUAUAUCAAAAUCUUUAAAACGUGCAUUAAAUUCUGUUAUUAUUUCUAUAAUUAUAUUUUUAAACUCAAUAAAGCAGUGGUACCCAUUUCUUAUAUCACCUAAGAUUGAAUAAUAUAAAAUAAAAUAGAAAAAAAAAUUAUUGUUUCUACACACAUUUCCUUUUCUACAUGGGUUUUGACCGAUAUUUGGAUUAUAGCUACUGUUGAAAAUCCUGCUUCACAUAAAUACAAUGUCAUAAAUGGUAUUAAUAGACGCUUUGUUGUUAAUUUCAGAAUAUUUAUGUUUCAUGUGGUUUCGAACUCCAAAAUGCUAAGUCUAAUGCUCUAAGGAUAAUUAUGCACAAUAUUUAUUUUGCCCCUCCUCUGUUCUCACACCUUCCUGUUUAGGAACUACUGAAAUGAAGUGUAUUGAUUGAUGUUCUAUUGACACAAUGCAAAGUCUUUAAUAUUAAUUCCAAUGUGUUUUUAAAUAAUAAAUAUAAAUUUUAAUGCUUUUAAUUCAUAAUGAUAUUAUUGUACAUUAAAUUAUAAUAAAUUCUCCAUGUUUCAUUAAUUUUAACAAACAUACCUCAAAGUACUUCUGGUCAAUAAUACAAUGAAUAAAUAAAUAUUUUAUUCUUAUUUGAUUUAAAUUUCUUACUAAUCCAGUAUUUAUGCCAAAUAUAGUUUUUAAACCAUUUGUAACUAUGCCAGUGUAUUUAUUAAAUAAACCUCAAUGUAAUAAUUAUAAAAUUAUUGCAUAUAUUAUAUGUACAUGAGUUUUCUAGGGCAGUAAAACAAAAAAGAUACUUGGGCCACCCUGUUGUAAAUUAAUGAGUUAUAGUUGAAAUAUAUAUUUUUGUUUUCACAUAAAAUAUUUUUAGAACUUUAAUUAAAUUUUUAUGAUGGUGGAUAAUAUUCUAAUUGAGCAUAUGUGAUGCAAACAAAUUAAAGUUUCUUUCAACUCUGCUUAUAACAUGAGUACAUACAUAUUUAAUAAAUAUUAGUUUUUAUUUUUAUUUAAUUAGAAUGUACUUAAUUUUCAACUAUUAAAAAAACAAAAAACAGAUGCUCAAAACAGUAUGCUCAAGUGAUAUUAUUGUUCAAAUAUAAAUUUAAAAAUGAGCAAUGUAUGUAAAUUCUAUAAAUUGUAAAUUUAUAGUAUUUGAUGUAGAGUAGUUCAAUAAAAUAUUUAAAUGUUCCUGCUUUAAACUUUAUGAGUGUGAUACGCAAUGUUGUGAAAAAAUAAUUUCUCAUAGGUUUAAUCUAAUAUUUUUAAUUUAUAUCCAGGUAAUCUUAAAACAGUAUUAUUGUUUCUUAUAUACAAAAAUAUAUAUAUAUAUUUUUUAAUAAGUUCUGAGAAUUUAAAUUACUUUUAUAAUUUAUUUUUAUUUAAAAUUAUAGUCUUUAUUAUUUAUAAAUACAUAUAUUAGUAUUAUAAUUAAAAAAAAAAAAAAGUCAUAUUUUAACUAAAGGAAACUCCAAUUGUAUAUUAUAAAUAAAUGCUAUGCAUGAAAAGUCAUAAAUUCCUUGUGAUUUUAGAUCUAAGUUGUUCUUAUAUGAAUAUUCUAUUAUUACUAGUGAGUAGAGUCUAAUCUCUAACCAGUCAAAUAUAUUGUAUUUAAUUUUUAAUUUUUUAGUAUAUUUAUAUAUAUAUUUUUAAACCUUUAUAUUUUAUCCUGUGAUUUUAAUUUGUUCCUAUGGUUUUGUGUGUGUGUGUGUGUGUGAAUAGAUAUAUAUUUUUACUUUAUGAAUUUUGUUCAAAAUUUGAUAAAAUAUUAUUGUAUACAAAACCUAAUUUUUAAUUUUUUUUUGUAUUUUAUUAAUUCACCUCAAUUUGCAAACAUAAUUAAAAAUACAUGUAAACUAGGUACCUACAUUUGAGUAAUUUUUAUUAUAUUAAAAAGUGAACAAUUAAAAAAAAAGUUACUGUAAAGCUUACUGUAAAAGCUACAUUUCAACUAGUUUAUUACAAUAAUUGCAAUGCAUAUUUAUUGAAAUAUGUUAUUUACAUACGGCAUUUUAUUAUUUUAGCAAAAUGUUGUGGUGUAUGGAUUUUAUAUUUUCUGUUGUAACAAAAUAAUUAUAAGUAUCAAUAUUUUAUUAUGUUCUUUAUAUACAAUAAUGUUAUUUAUUUAUUAUAACAAAGUUGUGCAAUAUUUUACAUUAAUUUUUUGAAAUAUCUAAACAUUAGACAAACUAUUUAUAUUUAUCGUAAUAACUAUUUAAGUUAAAGAAUAUAUUUAGUUUAAAAUGACGUGUUAUUAUUAUUUAAGAACUAUAUCUUUUAUAUUUGAUAUUAUGUAGUUUAUAAUAAAAGUAGGAUUGUCUUUUUAAUUCAAUAGGUUGAGUAAAUUAACAUAACUUUAAUUUUUUACUUUUAUAUAUAAUUAACAAUACAUUAAAAAUAUAGAGUUAGAAUUUUCAAAUUUUAUUAUACAAAGGUUUUAUUAUUUAAAAUAAUGAUAAUCCGAAAUACUUCCAACAUUCCAUUUAACAAGCAAUAAAGCAAUAUUUUUUAACAUUGUAUAGUAUAAUUUUUAAUUAUGUAUAAAUAUUGAAAAUAAUCA